AUUCAACUGUGUGAGCAGACACACAUAAGCCACUAUUUAUUUCCAGCCCUCACCCUCAUACAGGACACCUGAUACAAUUCAAGAUGAAGAAAAAUCCAAGGAUUCAGUGUCCAAGCAUGGGAACUCACAAAAACAAAAGCUGGAGAGAUGGCAGAGAAGGAAGGCUACCCAGUUCCAGAAACAAGACGUUCCAUCAGGAGAAUUGACCACAGCUGAUUGUCUUGCUGCACUGAAAGGGAAAUAAUGCUCCAUUCAACACUGGCCUUGUCCCUCCUGCUAAUUGCAGUCUCUUCCAACCUUGCAAUGGCAAUCAAGAAGGAAAAACGAGCACCCCAGACACUGUCAAGAGGGUGGGGAGAUGAAAUUACCUGGGUACAAACUUAUGAAGAGGGGCUUUAUCAAGCAAAAAAAAGUAACAAGCCACUGAUGGUAAUUCAUCACUUGGAAGACUGUCAGUACUGCCAAGCACUGAAGAAAGCUUUUGCAGAAAGUGAAGAGAUACAAGAAAUGGCCCAAAAUAACUUCGUCAUGCUGAAUCUCAUGCAUGAAACCACAGAUAAGAACUUGUCACCUGAUGGACAGUAUGUGCCUCGAAUCAUGUUCAUAGAUCCAUCUCUCACAGUAAGAGCUGAUAUCACAGGAAGAUACUCCAACCGGCUCUACACGUAUGAACCACAGGACAUUCCCUUCUUAAUAGAGAACAUGAAGAAAGCACUACGCCUCAUUCAGACUGAACUGUAACCCUAGCCUCUAUGAGGUGAAGCUGCACUAGGAAACCCAAAACCUUCACACAUUUUAGUUAACUUCUCUGUCUCUGCUGGCACUUUGAAGUUCUACCAAGCAGCUAUGGCAAUUCUGAUUUCCUAAGAAACUUUUUGCACCAUUUGAAGAACAAGCAGAGAAAGAUCAUAGUGUCCAUUUGGGAAAUAAGAGGAGAAAUUUGUUAAACACUGAAAUUAGUUAUGGGAAUAAGUAAAAGUGGUGGUUUAAGGUGCAGCAGCUUUGAGCUGCAUUUCAUUAAUCCAGCUGUGAUCCUGUUAAGCCAGGUAUGGCUGCUGACUGAGAGUUAUAGAGAGUAUUUUUGUGAAGGUUCCUGCAGCUGUUUGUAGAAUUUAAUAGCUGCAUCUCAGCUCCUAAUUUUUUAACAAAAAAGCUUUUAAGGUGAUAGUUUUGUUGUGUUGUAGUUGUAGUGUUGUAAAGCUGAUAUUUCUCUUAAGUGAAAACACAUUUUGCUGUCAAAUCUUCCUGUAGAUUCAGCUAUAGCUUAUAUAGGGAAAAAAACAAGUAAAUCAGUGAUCUGAGCUUAGUUUUCUUCCUCAUAACUCUAUUAUUUUGUCAUCUGAAAAUAGAGCAGACAUUUCUGACUGAGCAUGUGGUCUCAGUGAGGCAAUAAUCAUCAAAGAGCAGCUGCAGGUUUUGCUCUGACAAAUAUACAGUGAAGCAAGAUGUUAAGUCCCACAACUCCACUCCUAAGGAUGAGUGAGGUUUGCAAAGUCUGACACAGGAGAAAAUGAGCAGGCUUGUUCCUAGCUAUUUUCAUGUAAAUGGCACUUGAUUCAUGUGAGACUCACCCAAGGGCAUUCUCUCAUUUUCUGCAGUAACAUCAUCACGGUAGCAGCUUAGUGAGAGGAUCUCCACAUACAAAGUCUUGGCAAACUUUCCUAAGGAUCAUCAUGUGAAAAAGCAGAUAUCAAAUCUGAGCAAAAACCUGAAGUCACUUGAAAGCAUUUGUUAUCCCAGCAAUCUGCUUUGUUAAUUAGAGCGAGGCAGUAAGUGACUGGUUUGCAGUAAAAGCACAUAUCUUAUGUUACGUGCAAAGCACCAAUGUCACUUGUUUGUACCAUUUCCAUUUCCAACAAUGCUGUCUGUAUAUAGUAGGGAAGGAAGGGCUUUUGCAACACCUCUGAAUGAGUUCUAUUGCACCUAUUUAUGUUUUCAUAAUCAUGUAAAAUUUGGAUUUAAGCAUAUAUUCCACCAGAGGAGUGACUGUGAUGGUUUGGGUGUUCCCUGCAUCCUCGCACUUAGGAAAAUCGCCCAGACUAGACUCAGCUGCUGGAAACUUAAAUGAAGCUAUAUUUACAGCUUGGCACAAUAUACAAGCAGAUAUUUACAGCAUAUAUACAGCUAUAGACAGAAAUAUACAAGUUUAAAAGUAAUACAGAUACACAACAGCCCUCCCAGAAACCUGAGUCCCCAGAAGGGGGUCCCAGCCUUCUCCCCACCCCUCUACCUUACCCCAGGCUUUGCCUUACUUUCAAGGUAGUUUGGAGGGUCGGUCAGGGGAUAGGGAAGCAGAUGGAUUAGUCACACAGGCAGAAGGUUAGGUUAGAGAACAGUUCAGGCCAAAGCCCAGAGAGAAACACCCUUACCUAUAUUUGUGUUCUUGUCCUCAUACAUCUCAGCAAGGCUAUGAGAGCAGCAGGCAUCACCAUUCUUUCCUUUCCACAGCCUAUCAUCUAAUUCUUCUCACCAAAAUAUCCCAGCUAGGCUCACACUAGCACAGUGACAAAUGCCCUGUACACUAAUAAAUAAAUAAAUAAAUA